GAGAUCGAAAGUGGCGGAACGACGUGCAGCACGCAUGACGUAACCGAGAGGAAAGUUCUGACUUUGGCUGCAACGGCGGCGCGAGUGUUCGACUGCACAACAAGAGCAGGGGAACCCACCAAAUACUUACAGGCAGCGCUCGAACAAUCUUCAAAGCACCACCGAAGUGCAUGCCAGUAUCGGAAGGCUGUAAAUUGUCUGACAGAUUUCAUGUUAAUCUACACGAGCAAAAUCAUCAAUGUUGCCAAAAAGAAGCAAGAGCUCAAGCAGAAAAUUGUUGACGACAUAUGUCAGCGACCGAAGGGCAUCUGCGCCAAGACUCACUCAACGGAGGACUGCAGCCCGAACCAGAAAAAUGUCGUGACACGUUUUGAGGACGCAAUGAGCGCGAGCAUUGCCGUGAUCUGUCGAGAAGACGCCGCUUUUCUGAUGAAUAUGUCCAGAACCCUCCACUGCGUCGAAGUGCUCAAACUGAGCGACUGCAUAAAUCCUAAUGGCAUUCUGAGUCCUGUAGCCAUCUUUGGAACAAGUCAUACUCCCGAACAGUGCAGGACAAUCGAGAAGAAAGCAAUCCGAUGUUUGGACAACGCGCUGCUGAAGCCGGACGAGUGCGGAGAACAUCCGGACAUCGAGGGAGCCCGCGACGUGCUGCACGUGUUUCUCGCCAGAGCGGAUUGCUCCAGGCAGAGCAGGAGCGGAGCCGUCCGACCACAGCCAGUGUCCUAUGCCUCUGCUGUGUUUGCGUUGGGAGUUAUAGGGGUAGCAGCUGUGCCAAUGAGGCGUAUAUGAUGUGAUAACGGAACUAUGCCGACUAUUUGAGAAAAAAGCGAACAGGCCCCACACAAGCAAUUUCAUUGGGAAAAUUCGUGGUCGAAUGGGGAGCAGCGCAAAUGGAUUAAAAUGUGCGAAGAAAGAAAGGUGCGCGGCAGGAUACAUUUCGCAGCCGCUGCCUAUGCUAGAAUGAUAGCCGCCACAUAUGCACCGUUAGACUGACAUACUCAUUUGGUAUUAUUUUUAUUUUAACACGAAAGUGUUUUACGGCGCGGUCCACCAAGACUUUCAUGACGUAUUUCCGUGGCCGAAAUACGUAGCAAAAUGCACAUGAUCAGAUGGGCAAGAAAAAAAACUAGAAGAGUCCCGUAAAGAGGAGGCGAACCCGCGACCUUCCGGUUCGUGGACGAUAGCUGGCGGAUGCUCUAACCACUGUGCCACGGUUACACCUUCAGGAGGCUUCACGAACGCCAUUUUAUCUCUCCCAAUUUCCUCUCACAGUUAUCUUGGUUCGAGGGGUGGUGUCGCCGUCUGGGAGCGGAAGCAUGAAAUAAUGCAUUGCCUCCGCGAUUACCUACGGCAAAGCGCCAUCGCACUGUUGUUUAGAGAAGUGUAAUUCUGUGAACGCCUUAAGGCGGGACCACAUGCCGCAUUUUUGCCGGCAUUUCGUUCCCCGCGUCACUUUGCGUCGAUCCUACUGGUGGCGGUGGCCGAAAGGCCCGCCUCAGGACGUCCCACACGUAGGCAGCGUCGGCGUCGACGACGGAUGCAGCUCAAUGGCCACCGAACCAAUUAACACUCGGCUAGCAGCAACUUCCGCCUACGUAAUGGCGUCAUCGCUGCUGCCAAAAUGGCUCCUGCCCGCCUCGGAUCUACUAUGUCGUCGCCGCACACUGUGUGGCCCCCAAGUUCUCAACUGAUGCUUGUAUGUGACUUAGCUUGUUCCCUAGAAGCUUCGACAGCAAAGCGCUCGUGAUAUAUCUGAACUGUUUCCUAGAGCCAUAUUCAAGUUCAUCGGUAGGCCUAGCAGGAAUGAGUGUAUUGGCCGAAUACGUGGCCUCAAAGACGUGCGACAACUCAGAGGUUAUAUAUUAUGAUUUUGUAGUUGCUCUUAUUCUCAAUAGCUGGCGCUACAAAUAAAAAAAGACAGUUUCGCCGCAAGGGCGAAGCAAUGAGUGCGAUAGGAAGAAACUAAUGCUAUACGAAGUGAGGCUCGCCAAUGGAUGCUCUCAGUUUGAACAGCGCUCCUUUUGCAAAGGCGGCCGAAGCAGGGAAGGAAACUAGCGUGCUUCAAAUGUCGAGCUGUGACACUUGAUAGUUCGCGCUCAUCUUCUGUUUGUUCGUUUAGCGGCGUCCCUUGAGCUCGAGUGACUUUCGUACGCUCCGUAACAUUAGCGCGGACAUCACGGUGAAAGCUCGAAACAUCCCUCCUUCCCUCACCACGAAGUAACCGCGCGAGCAGACAGCGGAAGGGCAAGGUUCUCCCUGCGCAAAUAUUAGAAGCGAGCAAGCUGGCCGACGACUUUUAAUGCGCCCGUUGCGCUCCUCGCACCAUCUCGCUGGUAAUGAAGAAACACUUACAAGCGCCUGCCGUCUCGGAGUGGUGCCAGCGGUAAAGGGUGUGUAUAUAACGCUCGCCGUUAGCUACCUGAAGGA